GCACGUGAUUGCCUUUCUCAUCCACAUUUUCGGUGCGAACCCAAACUAUUGUAAACCCACCAGUUCGGCCCCCGCAAAACCCUUAACUCGUUCCGAGUCAACUCACCGACUCGAUCCAAAUGGACACGCACUCCUCACACCUUGCCGCGUCGAACCGUUCGCGGAGCUCGCAGACCCCGUCCCCGUCGCAUUCGGCCUCGGCCUCGGCCACCUCAUCGAUCCACAAGCGCAAGCUCGCGUCCGAGGAUCACGCGCCGCCGUUCCCUCCCUCUUCCUUUUCGGCCGACACUCGCGACGGCGCGUUGACGUCCAACGACGAUCUCGAGAGCAUUUCUGCUCGUGGCGGCGGCGCCGAUUCCGACUCGGACGAUGAGUCCGACGCUCUGGUCGACGACGAUGAGGAGGACUUCGACAACGACUCCUCCAUGCGAAACUUCACGGCUGCGCGCCUCGAUAACAGCGGCGGUUCUGCUGUGGCGCGCAACUCUAAACUCAAAAUUGAGAACGCGACGGUCAAGAAUGAGCCUUCGGAUGGCGCGAAAGAAGGCGGCGCCCCAGCCGGAGCCGGUGCCUCGGGGACCACCGCGGCCGCAGGGCCGGUUCCGGGGAUCGUGGUGAAGGAGGACGCCUCUAAGAUCUUCACUGAGAAUAUACAGACCAGUGGAGCUUACAGUGCUAGAGAAGAGAGUUUGAAGAGAGAGGAGGAAGCAGGGAGGCUCAAGUUUGUGUGCCUUUCGAAUGAUGGUAUUGAUCAGCAUAUGAUUUGGUUGGUAGGAUUGAAGAACAUAUUUGCCAGGCAACUACCAAACAUGCCAAAGGAGUACAUUGUCCGACUUGUUAUGGAUAGAAGUCAUAAAUCAGUUAUGGUUAUCAGGCGUAAUCAUGUUGUCGGUGGCAUAACAUAUCGACCAUAUAUCAGUCAAAGGUUUGGAGAGAUAGCCUUUUGUGCAAUCACAGCUGAUGAACAAGUUAAAGGUUAUGGUACUAGACUGAUGAAUCACUUAAAACAGCAUGCACGGGACGAGGACGGCCUAACCCAUUUCCUGACUUAUGCUGACAAUAAUGCUGUUGGCUACUUUAUUAAACAGGGUUUCACAAAAGAGAUUCACUUGGAGAAAGACCGAUGGCAUGGCUAUAUAAAAGAUUACGAUGGAGGAAUCCUAAUGGAAUGCAGAAUUGACCCAAAGCUUCCAUACACCGACUUAUCCACUAUGAUUCGUCGUCAGAGGCAGGCGAUAGAUGAAAAGAUAAGAGAGCUUUCAAACUGCCACAUUGUUUAUCCUGGCAUGGAGUUUCAAAAGAAAGAAGCUGGUAUACCUAAAAAAAUUAUCAAGGCCGAGGAAAUACCUGGCUUGAGGGAGGCUGGGUGGACCCCGGAUCAAUGGGGGCAUUCACGCUUCGGAACUUUGAGUAGUUCCACAGACAGUGCCAGGAAGAAUUUGACUGCAUUCAUGCGAUCACUUCUAAAGAGUAUGCAUGAACAUGCUGAUGCCUGGCCUUUCAAGGAACCAGUCGACGCACGUGAUGUUCCUGAUUAUUAUGACAUCAUAAAAGAUCCUAUGGAUCUGAGGACGAUGUCAAAGAGGGUAGAGUCGGAGCAGUAUUAUGUAACAUUCGAGAUGUUUGUUGCAGAUGCCAAGAGGAUGUUUGCAAAUGCACGCACCUACAAUUCCCCGGACACCAUUUACUACAAAUGCGCAACAAGGCUGGAAGCCCAUUUUCAAAGUAAAGUUCAGGUAGGUCUCCAAGGUGGUGGUGCCAAAAUCCAGUAGUGAAUUUUAUUUUAUUUUUAAUUGUAAGCCCAUGCCGUUAUGUUUCAAGUUGGUUUUUACUUUAUGUCCCGAUUGUUGCAAAAUUUUCAUAGGAAUAGAAGACAAUGUGUUGUAGAUUCAACGUUUGUUGAUACACUCAAGUAUUGAUGGGAUAGCAAUCGAAAUGUUCUUAAUUACUUGA